CGGAGGACGCCCCCUGUGAGCAGCGACGGAGCCUGGCGCCUGUCUGCACCAGAGCUUCAGCAAGGGAGCGGCUGGAACCAGCGAGCAGAAUGGCCUGUGGCUAGGGGCUUGGCAAGGAGCCAGCACUGCUGGGACUCGGGGCCCUGCGUGAGUUGGGGGGUUCUCGUGAAUUGCCCCAAUGCCCAGCAGGCCACUGGCUGGCGGCUGUGCGUGCUCAGAGCUCCCAGGCACCGUCACACAGUUUCCAUGAAGCUGCCUCCUCCUCUCCAGCGUAAGCACGUGGGCUGGAGUGUGGUGAUGGCACCGUGACACGCAGGCUAGUGUCGGUGCUGGGGCAGAUAAGAUCUCCUGCACUGCAGCCGGGAGCUGAGCAGCCCUGCACAGCAGCCACAGCCCAGCGUGCCGACUUGCUUGGAACCAGCCCACUGUUUUUCCACUGACGGGGGGGUUAUCGCUGCCCUGAGCCCGGGGCAAUUGCCCAUCAGUCAGGAGUACUGUGCCCGUGCCUCCUGCCUGCCCCUUCCUCCCCGCUGGAGCAGCAUGGCGUGUGCGUUACAGUGGAGGCUCUGCACCCAGAGUGCCCUGCUUCAGGCCAGAGCUGGGGGCAGGACCAAAGCACGAGGGGGCUAUCAGACGGGCAGGAGGGCUCAAACACGGAAUCUGGUUAGGGAGCGAGCUGUUAGCGGGUAAUAAAUGGGUAAUUGACCCCAUGCGCCCAAGGCCAGCUGGUCACAGCUGGUCCAGGGGUCUUCACGCUGCCCUGCCUGGCACUGCACAGAGCGGCUGACCCCUGUGCCAAGCCAGCGUGAAGCACGGGAGCGAGGGGAGGCCGCUCAAGGAGCAUUUCCACCUGCUUUGUAUGGGGGCCAGCAGGAGCCAGUCAGCAGCCUGGCUCUCUGUGCCCUCCCUGGGCUUUCCUGCUUGGGCAGGCGGGCUGGACUGGUGAGGAGCCAAGGGGCUAAAUGCCUGCAAGGUUAUUUUAUACGCGCACCAGGAAACCAAGGGGCUGUUUGAAACUUUUGGGUGUAUGUGCAAAUGCCUGUACAUGAGUGGGUGUGUUCAGAUGUCUGUACCUGUACUGGGGGGAGGGGUUCAGUCACACAUGGGGGGGAGUUUAGGUGUACAUACCUGUACGGGAGGAGGGGUUCAGGUGUGUGUACCUGUACGGGGAGGGGGGGGGGUUUCAGAUGUGCAUGCCUGUAGAUGUGUGUGUGUUUAAACCCCGAGUCCAGUCCCGGGGAGGAAUUCACCAGCUGGCUGGUGCCGACAGCUCCGGACCAGCCAUGUUCUCAAGGCUGGCUCCAGAGGAAGGGUGUCUUGCCCCUGCACCCUUCCCCAGUACCCCCAGCCAGCAUCAGCAGAUAUGGGUCUGGUCCCAUUCACAGGGACACCUGUCCCAUGGAAACAGGAUGCUGUAAGCAGCUGCUCUCUGAGCAGAAACAGAAAUGAGCACGCCAGCCUCCUCUCCAGCACUUGCGCACAUCACAGGAAAUGUGAACGGGUCGCCAGCUCCCGCCUGUCGCACACCUCACACUCAUGCUCAGCAAUAAGCUACGCAGAAGUUUCUAGUACCAGAGGACAGCGGCACCUAGGAGAGAGACACAGGCUUGCUGCCAGGGGGGUUCUGAACAGCAUAAUCCAGCAGCUGGGAGAGCCUGCAGUGGUGGGCUCUGCGCUGCACAGGGGAGCCAGCAGCUGGGAGAGCCUGCAGUGGUGGGCUCUGCGCUGCACAGGGGAGCCAGCAGCUGGGAGAGCCUGCAGUGGUGGGCUCUGCACUGCACAGGGGAGCCAGCAGCUGGGAGAGCCUGCAGUGGUGGGCUCUGCACUGCACAGGGGAGCCAGCAGCUGGGAGAGCCUGCAGUGGUGGGCUCAGAGGAAUCCUGGUGCCUCCCUGUGUGCAGGUGGAUUUUGCCCAGCACUGGAGUGACUCCUGCCCUAGGCAGCCUGCCGUAGCAGGAGGGGCGCCACUGCAGACUCAGCACAGCAUCUGCCAAGCUCUGAGGAGCCCCGUCGCGUCUUCGUUGAGAUGAGAGUCAAAAGGUCAGAGCUGUUUGCUGAGGCCCCACUGGUGCCCAGGAGUGAUGGGAAGUUUGCCCAGCAGGACGAAGCAGCUUGUCAUUCAGUCCAGCCCAGCUGCUGCCAUGCAGGCCACUGCCCCCGUGCAGACAGGUCUGAACAGCUACAUGGCAGUUGCCUUGUGCUCUUUCCCCGCGGGUGGGGAGGUGGAGACCAUCCUGAGACCAGGAGAGCAGCUGAACGUCCUCUCUGAGGAUGGGGAAUGGUGGAACGUGGUGUCGCUAGCCACCGGCAAGGAGUGUUCGGUCCCCAGCAGCCACGUGGCGAAGGUGUGGCACAGGUGGCUGUAUGAGGGCGUUAGCCGGGAGAAAGCCGAGGAACUGCUGCUUCUGCCAUGCAACCGCAGCGGUUCCUUCCUGAUCCGGGAGAGCCAGACCAGGCAAGGCUGCUACUCCUUGUCGGUCAGGCACACCAACCACUCCUCCUGGGACGCCGUCAAACACUAUCGCAUCAACCGCCUGGAGAACAGCUGGCUCUACAUCGCCCCACGCCUCACCUUCCCCAGCCUGCAGGCCCUGGUGGACUAUUACUCCGAAAUCGGGGAUGGGUUGUGCUGCCUCCUCAAGGAGCCGUGCUUCACCCAAGGAGCCGUGCGAGCCCCAGCCCAGAACCUGGCGCCACCUGUGGUCAUCAAGAAAUCGGCUCUCAACUGGCAGGAGCUCGACAGCUCGGCCCUGUUAUCGGAGGCUCCGCCCACAGAGGGGGAGUCCCCAGUCAGCCUGGGCCUGCGGGAAGCCAUCAGCUCCUACCUCUUUCUGACGGAAGAGCUGCCCCCGGAGAAGGGCAGUCUGUGGAAGAGCACCUGAGGGUGCCGUACCCAGCACAUGGCACCAGGGACUGCGGGGCUGCAGUCUCAGCCAACCAAGCUGCUUCCCCUGCCCCUGGACUUUCACCCCACACACGCACCAUAUAAAUUAUUUCCCUUCUGCAAAGUAAUUUAUUGCAGCACCACUGCUCUGAGCUGUCCCCCGGCUGGCCUUGUCUCAUGCUUCCACCCAGCUGGGUGGCUGGUUGGGUGGGGAGGUCUUGGUGCUUUGGGUCUGACUCAGGCCCAGCUGGGCCUGGAUCCACUGCUCACCACAAGGAACCUAGCACCUGCUGCUCGGGGUCACUCUCUCACCUCCAGUGCUGGAGGCUUUGGCCGAGUAAGCUGCUGCCUGGAAAUCCCAGCCUGCAGGCAGCCUCUGAGGGCACCUUACCGGGCCCAGCACCCUGGGUCCAGUGGCCAGAUGGAAAGGACUUGCUCGGAAGAGGAGUUUUUGGUGAAUUAUAAUGCACAGAGGCCCUGUUAUGUGCUGUGUGUAAGAGAGUUCGAUGCCAGUGAAGGUGACGGACUGGCCCUGCCUAACACUGAAUAUAACAGACAGCGAUGGGCCAGAAUCAGCCUGCGCCCCUCAGUCCUGACCUGCAUGGUCCAUGCACAGCUCUGCCGACUCUGGCCUCACGGGCCCUCCGAGCACCAGCAAGGGCUAGGGUUUGCACAGAGAGCUGGGGCCAUCGCCAACUGCACGCUCCCAUGUGUCUGAUGUCAGCCUGUCAUCUUGCGCCUGCAGCAGCGAAAGACAAGUCUCUCUCCGCACCUGGUGCAGAGACAAGCUCCCCUAAAGCCAGGCCAUGCAGCCCUGUAAAACACUGGCCUGGCCCAAACAGUUCAUAAACUAGAGGUGCCAUGAGCCUGAGGCCAGGAAAUGGCCCCCAACUACUGGGCUGUAUCUGUCAACUGAAAUAAAAUGCAAAUAUUGAAUAA